AUGGCAGACAAAUUGAAUCCUCACGUAGUUUCAUCUGAGCCUCUGGAGAUUGGAGAUGCCAAAUGGAUGACAUUGGUCAAGUCGGUAUCCCUUAGACGAGUAUUUUGGAUGGAGCUACAGAGCUCAACGGAUCUAACCGGUCGUCUAGGAUUAAGUACAGAGACGUCGAUGAAUUUCUUCUUCAGCGACAGUUUCGCCCAGCUGUGGGCAAAGUCUGCAUCGAGCUUCCCGCGGGGCUGGUCGACAAAAAUGAAACGAUCGAGCAGUGUGCGGUCCGCGAACUCGCUGAAGAGACAGGAUAAGUCGGCACCGUCAAGCCGAAUCCUGGAAAUCGUCCCAGGCUUUACGGUGCAGGGAGCCUCGCUCUGGCAGCCAAUGAAGUGUGCAGUACGACUUUGUUCUUGGUGGCUUCAUGUGACUGCGCCGCAUGAAAAUUUGGUGCUUUUCAGCUCACUGGCCUCCGCUGUCUGCUUAAAAGACAUUGAGCCCCCUAGCUUGACCGGUGUCUUACCUCCCCCUUCUUUCCUUUGCUUCAAUUGGGAGUUCAACUUCGUCACGAGUCCCGAGCUCUCGUUUAAUGUCUUCAAAUACCUGGUUUUCGGGAUCUGUCAUCGAAGCCUGUCUCACACAAUCAUUUCCGACCCCCGAAAGUACACCGUCGGAUGGAUCUGCGCGAUCGCAACCGAAUUUGCGGUUGCCCAACUGUUCUUGGACGAAAUCCACGAGGACCCAUUGUCGGUAUCAAAACACGAUAACAAUGCGCUGGGUCGCAUAGGGUCGCAUAAUGUUGUCAUUGCAGUUCUUCCCGAGGGAGAAUACGGAACGACCUCCGCUGCGGAGGUAGGACGAGAUAUGCUGCAUACCUUUGAAAAUGUGAGGGUCGGGCUCAUGGUCGGCAUUGGUGGUGGUGCGCCUAGCAGCAAAAACGACAUCAGGCUAGGCGACGUCGUGGGAAAGUUUGGUCGCCCAGGUGUCCACCUGGACAACUUGUAUCGCAGUAAGAUUGUCCAUGACGAUGGUCAACCUCAUCCCAACCUGCACCCCGACUCCUUCGUUCAGAGACAAUCUCGAGCGAAUCCGCGGCGACCUGCAAUACACUACGGCCUAGUCACAUCGGCUAACCAGCUCAUAAAGAAUGCUUUCAUUCGAGACAAGCUAGUAAAGGAUCAUGACAUUCUGUGCUUUGAGAUGGAGGCUGCGGGCUUGAUGAACCAUUUCCCGUGUAUUGUCGUCAAAGGAAUUUGCGACUAUUGCGAUACUCACAAGAACGAUGUUUGGCAAGGCUAUGCAGCUUUGGUUGCUGCUGCUUAUGCAAAAGCUUUGAUUUGCCGGAUAUCAAGAGCCAAACUCGAGGAGCAAGAGAGAAUCUCAGACGAGUUGUCUAAGUACUUCGAAACGCACAUUGGCCACAACACCCUUGCCAAGUUGAAAGUCUCACAGGGUGCAUGCUUCGAUACUUACGACGAUCAGAAUGAGCCAGAGUGUCUAGAGAAUACACGCGUGGAUCUUCUCCAUCGUAUAAAUACGUGGGCUGGGGACUUCGACGACCAGCGCAUGUUCUGGCUUAGCGGACUGGCUGGAACCGGGAAGUCCACCAUUUCUCGCACCAUAGCAAAACGUCUCGACAGUCUGAAGCUUCUUGGCGCAUCAUUCUUCUUCAAAAGGGGAGAAAGUGACCGCAGCAACGGCUCAGGCUUUUUCGGCACUAUAGCUCGACAACUCGUCACUCAUCGAAGCGAGCUAAAACCGUAUGUCCUUCAAGCGAUCAAGGAUCAGGACGAUAUUUCCCACAAGAACCUGCGGGAGCAGUUCGACAAGCUGUUCCUUGGCCCUCUGGAAAAUGCCUACAAAGGGUCUGGGAGUGUCCUAUCUAGUAUCAUUAUAGUUGAUGCCCUUGACGAGUGCGACAACAAAGGAGAUGUAAAACUCCUAAUCCCCAUGUUGCAUGAGCUUGCUGAAAUCAGCUUCUGCAGAAUCAAGGUCUUCAUCACCAGUCGACCGGAUACAGCAGUGCAUUUCGCAUGCCGUCCAAUUUUGGGGUCGUAUAGGGAAUUUAUCCUUCAUGAGGUGUCCAAGGACACCAUUGACCAUGAUAUAGGAGUGUUCCUCGAUUACGAACUAAGCAACAUAAGAGAGGAUUGGAAUGCAGAACACGACGCCACGCUUGACGCAGACUGGCCGGGUGCUGAAAGACUUCAGACUCUGAUACAGAAAGCCACUCCGCUAUUCAUUUUCGCGGCAACCGCUUGCCGCUUUAUACAAGAUUCACUACUCGGUAGCCCGGAGACCCAAUUGAUGCGGACAAUUGAACACCAAAGUGCCAAUGGCGGUACUACGAUCAACGACAAGCUAGAGGAAACUUACCUCCCAGUACUUGAAGGCCUGUUGAUCAAAAGAAGGAAGUCAGAACAAGCCGUCAUACUUGCGAGAUUCAGUGAGAUUGUUGGCACCAUCAUCCUGCUCAAGAGGCUGUUGAGCACUCAAGCCUUAGGAGCAAUGCUUGCCGUCGAACCAGAUGCCAUUACUUCUUUUCUUGCGGCGUUGCGGUCAAUCAUCGACACAAGGAGAGAGAAGCAUCAACCAUUGAAAUUGUUUCACACGUCGUUCCGAGACUUUCUGCUAAGUGCAGGAGCAGGAGUCUUUCGCAUCAACAGGGUCGCAUGCCACAGGAGACUCGGUCUCGCCAGUUUAGAGCUGCUUCACACUCGAGAGCCCCUGCGGGAGAACUGUUGUGACUUAUCUCCGGGUACUGAAUUGGGAGAAAUACCGACACAGCUGAUCAAUGAUCGCUUGCCAUCUCAAGUUCAAUAUGCUUGUCUCCACUGGGUCGGACAUCUCACUCAAGCUCAGUACGCACUGCGAGCUGACGACCAUGUCCACCAAUUUCUCAAAGUUCACUUUCUUCACUGGAUCGAGGCAUUGGCUAUUCUGGGAUCUGCAACAAAAUCCAUAGAAUUCGCCAAUGCGUUACUGUCUCUCAAAAUGGCUGACGACCCCGGUUUACUUCGGGACCUGAUACAAGACAUCAAGAGCUUUUUGACGAGCCAAAUCUUGUCUUUCGAAGCUUUUCCUCGUCAAGUCUACUUUUCUGCACUUCUCUUCGCUCCUAGCGGUAGUGUGGUCCGUAAAAUAUUCAAGAAGUGGAUUCCGAAAUUCAUCUCGAUGCAGCCCGCUGUGGGUUCAAACUGGACUUCACAACUCCAUUCAUUCCGUAUCGCGGAUAAGACGUCUACAUAUCUUUACUCGCUGUGCUUUUCGCCCAACGAAAAGCUCCUGGCAUUGGGACUAUCGGAUGGAACAAUUGUAAUUCGCACAGUUCUCACUGGUACCUUGUUGCAGGUCAUACGUGCACAUAAGGAUGCUGUCAUCGCUCUAGCUUUCUUCAGCGACUCAAGGCGAGUUGCAUCUUCAUCCACCUAUUCAUUGAUGAUCCAUCUUGCGGAAUCAGGGGAAUUGGUCCAGGAGACUGCUUCGACGAGACAAAAAAUCGUAUCAUUGGACAUAUCUCGAUGCUCGGCCACGGUGGCUAUCGCGUCCUGGGGUUUAGCUGUCGAAUAUGGGCUGAUAUCUCUUGAAGGGAAAGCUUUCAGGCUCCUCGGAACCAUCGACGGCAAAGACUCGCUUCGUCCAUCAAUCACAGUGUCGCAAGAUUCAAAGCUAGUGGCUGGAUCUGCCGGACGCUAUAUCAAAAUCUGGUCGAUUCAUGGUGGCACGUGUCUCCAGGCACUGGAGGAUUCCCAAAAUGUGUUAUUGGUGUUAUUCCUACCAUCUGGGAUCUUACUGUCUCGAACAUGCGAUGGGACAGUUAGGUUCUGGUGCUGUAGUCAAGGCGUCUACACUCAGACCGUCAAGAUGGACUCUCUUCCGUAUAUACACAGCGCUUUCUCGCCCGCAUCGGGACUGGUAGCACUCUGUCAGAAACACCAUCGUAUUGAGAUCCGAUCUUUCGAGUCGAACCACACCGUCCGGGAAGUCUUCUACAAAAGGUACCCACACGAUACGCGUGCGAACGAGCUUACUCUAGCACUGUCGCCAGAUGGCAAUUUCCUCGCUGUAGCAGACAUUCAAAUUGCUACAUGUACUCUCUGGUCCGUCGAGCAACUCGAACAGCCAGCCACGAAUAUGUGGGAGAAAGCCUCAACAACGUCGACAGACAGCGCCGUGGCGUGUCGUAUCUUUCCCGAAAACCCGGGCUUCAUCAUUUCUCUACAUUCUGAGGUCGGUGGCGCUGGUGAACAUCUGCGUUUGUGGUUAGCCGCAAACUCCCGUUGCCCGGCUCAUUACAUUGGUACGACAUGGAGCUUUUCUUCCAUUGUCGGGGCAUCACUGGCUAGACUGUCAAGCAAUGGCAGGACAUUGGUCCAGCAACAUAAAUCGGAGUUGCUAUACUGGGGAUGUGACGGUCACGGACAUUGGAGCUUAGGCGCGAAUUUCACUCCGAAUCACACAGCGAUGAGCUUCACAAUCUCACACGACUCGACAUACCUGUUGCUUAGCACUCGCUACAACAGUGAGGUUUACUUCUUCUCGGCUUAUGGACUCUCUCGGGGCCAGAUCUUCGAGAAUUGCUGCUCGCCGCACUCCCUGAUGAAAUCUGACUAUGUUGUGUCCUGUGAUACGGAUAUAUUUGGUCUGAUAAGAGUUUCGACACCCUCUGGCGACGAAUCUGAUGCAAUAUGCCCACAUGGCAGGGGGGAAGGAUCGAUCAAAGGCUUCUAGCUUCACCCAACUCGAAAUACAUCGCUUCAUCGACUGGAAUUUCGCUCGCGAUUACGAUAUGGUGUAGAAAGAAAAAAAGAUUUACGACGAGACGAGAUGGCUCUUAUACUAAAGUCUACACUUACACACCAGGGAUUCAAUUUAUAUCUUUCUCUCCCGACUCCCACAGGCUCGCAUGUCUUGAUGAGCACGGUACGAUUCGCAUUUGGAGAACCUCUUCAGGGGCUUGUCUCGACGUCAUCGCGACUGGCACCGGUACCGGGGAGGUCAUCUUUCCCCUAGACAAGCGGCUUUUGUCGACGAACAAGGGGAAAUUGAGGUUGCUCAACUCGAAGAAGCUCCCCACUUUCAAAAGAUCCGGCGCCAGUUCUUAGAUCAGCAAAGUGGCAUGGCUUUACACUCGACUCAACGGGGACUUGGAUUGCUUGGAACGGGCACCGACUCUUCUACCUACCGCC